UUAGGAUUGUAAGCGUGUCAGCACCACAGCACACAUGUUUGACAAAUUUGUUUUCUUUUUUCUAGAGUACUAUGAUGAUUAAGCCAUAUGUGAGACAAGGCGAGGGAGAGGAGGUUGUCAGCCCUCUGCAGUGGAUGGAUGGAGACAUGAGCUCACCUGAUGGAGACGUGUCCGUCUCAUCGCACCGCUACAGAGCAGGUGGAGUGAGCCAACAGGACAGAGAGAUGGGGAGUGAGGAUGCUGAGGAAGACGGGGAGGAAGAGGAGGAGGAGGAGGAGGAGGGACAGGGUGAUGAAAACGAGUCCAAACGACGAGGGCCCAAGAAAAAGAGGAUGACCAAGGGCCGGCAGGAGCGAUUCCGUGCGAGGCGUGUAAAGGCCAACGCCAGGGAGCGCUCACGUAUGCACGGUCUAAACGAUGCACUGGAGAACUUGCGCAACAUCAUGCCCUGUCACUCCAAAACACAGAAACUGUCCAAGAUCGAGACAUUACGGCUGGCCCGCAACUACAUCUGCGCUCUGUCUGAGGCCCUGGAGGGGGGCCUCUCCACAGAGAGCAGGGCUUUCAUGGAGACGCUGUGUAAGGGCCUCUCACAGCCCACCACCAACCUGGUGGCUGGCUGCUUGCAGCUGGGGCCUUCUCCUGGUGGUGGGAUGAGGCCUGAUGACAUGCACAGAGUUCGGGCAGCACCAACUUCUCUCGGUGGCAUAGUGAGCUACUCCUCUCCAGGCCUGCCAAGUCCGCCUUACGGCACUUUUGACUCUGCUCACCUGCUUCACCUGAGGGCGAUGAAAGGAGGAGUGUACCAGAAUCACUCACCUAAUGAAUAUAACGCUGGCGGUGUGGGGACCCCUCCAUAUGAUGGCCCCCCUACACCACCUCUGAGCAUCAGCAGUAACCUGGUGCCCAAACAGGAGCCUUCACCCCACUACCCACCCCCACACCACUUCUCCCCCACCCCUGUGGACCAGGGCUUGUAUCAGACUCAGACCGGCUAUGACGUACACUUAGAGGGACCAUAUGACUCCUACCAUCCACCCCACAUGCCCCCCCGACAGAUAACCUCCGUCUACAGAGACUAAGACAGAUCAGGAGGGUCAAUUCUGCCAUCAAUCGAACCUGACUGACUCGUCUUUGCUCCUUGAUCCUUCAUGAACACUGACUGACAUUGAUGUCUCAUGGACUAAGACUCAAGGAUGAGUCUGGUAGUAGAGAAACUGUAGAAUAAAAAUGGUUUGUUUACAUGUGUGGUGCACUUAGUCUAGCACCGCUGAACAUUGUUAACAUUAGAACAUACUUGAGUAAAACUAAUACAUUUUCUUUAAAAAAAAAAGAAGAAAGAUUACCAAAUGACCUCAAGGGUCCUAACAGAAAAUGUUGCUUUGGCCAUUUUUACCAGAUGUCCUGUUACUGUGAUACAAGCACUUCUAAUUUAGCUUUGGUAAUAUCAGAUAAUCUACAUAAAUUAAAAGUAUUUCUAUUUAUUCUCUAAUUUAAUACAGCAU